AUGGCCACUCCAGCAACGCAAAAAGCAUGGAUAGUCGAGAGAAUGGGACACCCUUCAAGGGCGUUGAAAUUCAGAUCCGACUGGCCUGUUCCAAGCGAAAUCCCAAAGGACCACGUACUCGUGAAGAUACAAGCCGCCGCACUCAACCCACUAGGGUGGAAAUUGAUGCAGUUGGCACCUAACUUCCUCGCCAAGAGACCUCUGCCUGCAGAGUACGACUUCGCUGGUGUUGUCGAAAAGGAGAACGGCACAGAAUUCGAGGUCGGGGACUCUGUAUUUGGGUUCAUCCAUGUCUCUAUAACCCUGAAGACAAGACAAGGCACUUUGGCCGAGUACGCGUUGGUGCCGGAUAAAUGUGUGACCAAACGACCUUCCAAUAUCGAUGCAAUUCACGCCUCUGGGUUAACAUUGGCAGGACUGACUGCAUGGCAAUCCCUCAACUGCACUCGCCUAGAAGCUGGACAAACUCUAUUCAUCUACGGCGGGAGCACGGCGGUGGGAUUAUUCGCAAUCCAGAUCGCGAAGGCACGCGGGAUCAAGGUCGUCGCGAGCGCAUCCAGCAAGAACGAGGAAUUAGUCCGGAAAAUGGGUGCAGAUGGAUUUAUCGACUAUACGAAGGAGCCGAUUCACAAAUACCUUACAUCCCAUCCGCCUUCACCCAAAUUCCACGGGAUAAUCGAUGCAUACGGUCUUUCAGACCCCUCCCUUUACACCCAUAGUGCUGCGUACAUGGCGCCUGAUGGCGUAUUCGUGACAACUACACCAGCGCCGCACCGUAUUUCCCUCAAAGAGCUUGGGUACUUUGUCAAGACACUAGCUGCUACAACGUGGCCUGCUUGGCUUGGGGGCAUUCCCAGAGAAUUCAAGUUCCCCGCUCUCAAAGCGAACAAGGCUGAUUUAGAGGCGCUCCGUAACUUGGUUGCAGAAGGCAAGGUCGUAGGGGUCGUGGACUCUGUCUACGAAAUGCAGGACGCGCUUCAAGCUUAUGAGAGAAUCUUGACUUGGAGGGCGACUGGCAAGGUCGUAGUGAAGAUAGUUGAGUAG